GCCACAAGAUGUCUCGUUUUUGGAUGAUGCUAAUGUCUGUUCUUGUUCUCAUCGCUAUGGCAACGGCUGCUCCAACUGAGCGGUUAAGACGAGAUGACAGCUCAGCAUGUGAUGAGGAUGAAUGCGAUGGGGAAGAUGACGGCGAUAGUGGAGAUUGCGGAGAGGAUUGUGAUGAACUUCAAGAGGAAGAUGAUGAUAGUGGCGGUGAUGAGGACGAAGAUGAUGACGAUGACGACUGCGACAGUUGCGGAGAUAGAAAGAAGAGAGACGAAGAAGAUGAAUGCGAAGAUGAUGAAAGUUGUGAAGAUGACGAAGAACGCGGAGAUGGAGACAGAAAGAGGAGAGACGAAGGAGACUUGGAAGAUGAUAGCAGUCCUGAAAAUGACGGUGACAGAAAGAGGAGAGACGAAGGAGACUUGGGAGAUGAUAGCAGUCCUGAAGAUGACGGAGACAGAAAAAGGAGAGACGAAGGCGACUUAGAAGAUGAUAGCAGUCCUGAAGAUGACGGAGACAGAAAGAGGAGAGACGAAGGAGAUUUAGAAGAUGAUAGCAGUCCUGAAGAUGACGGAGACAGAAAGAGAAGAGACGAAGGAGGCUUGGAAGAUGAUAGCAGUCCUGAAGUUGAUGGAGACAGGAAAAGGAGAGACGAAGGAGACUUGGAAGAUGAUAGCAGUCCUGAAGAUGACGGAGACAGAAAAUAAACGAAGAUGCUUUGAGGAAAUUCUGCUGUCGGCGUUGAGAAAAGAUAAAGUGUUACGGAUGGAAUAUUGCCUUAACUACGGCAGAUUUGUAUUUGCUUUCAAAGUAUCAAUAUAUAAUAUAUUAAAAAAUAAAAGAAUACUCCCCCAAAAGAGAAAAGGAUAGGUGUACGUAAGAGGAUAAUUUUUGACAGGAGAUUGAAGAUCAUGAUGUCACAGGUAUUAACUUUAAAACAAAAAUAGCACUGUACUUCUGCUUUGAAACUACUUUUCAUGAAAAUAUUUCUGCCAGUCACAAAGCAAGUAUUUAUUGCGAAAAUUAUAAUUUGCUUUCAUAGAGCCCCCAAUAAUAUUUCUUAAUUUACAUGACAUAUCCAUUGCAUCACACUUUACCUCGUGCGUUACAUCCAUUGUGACGUAGAUGCCCAAAUAAUAGAAAAUCAUUACAAAUUGCGUAGUGGUGACUCCAUAAAAAUCUGCUAUUUCAACAACACCUUUCAACCUCCUAUAGCUAAACUAAUGAUGAUCUCCAAUUUGUAUUGUGGUAAUAGUAAAGUACUACGGGGUAGUCAUGUAAAACUAUGACAACCAACAACAAUUUGUUGUCCAUGGGUGAAUUAUAGGUGAAAAUGUUGCGUGUCAUGUGGGACAUUUCUGAGUCCCAUACGACACACAACAAUUUCACCUUUAAUUCACCCAUAAUCAAACAUUUUUGGAUCGGUUUUUCACAUGACUACGCCCUAUAACUUUAUCACUGACAAAUAAAAAAUAUAUAGCGUAGGCGACUAGAAAUUGUUGUCAAAAUAUCCCGUACGACACGUGUGGAAUCGCCCUAUAGCCAAGUUUUUAUAUCAGGUGGAGAUGACGACUCUUGAUUGCUGUCCGACGACCCAUU